GGCUCAGGCCUCGGCACGGGAUUACCGCCAGCCCGCCCGGCCCCCUGCUCCCCCGGCCGCCGCGCCCCUCCCGGGAAGCUGGGAGCCCAGGCCCUCGCCCCCUUUCGGAGGGCGCCGGCCGAACACGGCGACCGCGUGGGUGUGUAUAGCUAGCGCCCUCCUCUCCCUUGUCCCCUCCGCCUUCUCCCGGCGGGCCCAUGGUUGCUCGUGAACCCCUCGCCGCAGCCGCGGGGCUGCUGGUGGGAAUAGGGGCCACGCUGCUCGCCGUCGCGGCGAGAGACCGCCGCGGGAGGUCCAAGCGUCGCUGCGGCGGCGCCUCCGGGGCUGCCCGGGCCGCGGCGGCCGCCUCCCGCGGGGAGCGCCAGGAGGAGGGCGCGGCGGCCACUGCCGAGGGCACCGCGGCCGCGGCCGCCCCGCCAGCUGCCGUCGAGAUCGAGUACUGCGUGGGCUGCCGCUGGAUGCUGCGGGCUGCCUGGAUGGCUCAGGAGCUGCUGUCGACUUUCUCGUCCUCGACGACAGAGCCGCUGGUCAUCGGCAGGCUGGUGUUGGUGCCCAAUGCCGACAAACCUGGGGGCGUCUUCCGCGUGAGGGUCAACGGCGACGAGGUGUACGACCGCAAGGCGCAGGGCGGCUUCCCGGAGGCUAAAGUUCUGAAGCAGCUGGUGCGCGACCAUCUCGCCCCUCAGCUGAACCUGGGCCACUCCGACAAAAAGUGAGCCCAGCGGUGGAAGAGAGAUCGACCCCAGACGAAAAGGUGAGGGGAUGACCCAAGACGCCGGUGAUAUGCCCACACGUGGACCCCUCCUCCCCCUCGUCCUCCCCUGCAGGCGGUUGGACUAGAGAUGCUGCUGGUGGUGGAGUUGUUAGGGGUCCUGUUCUCGGCUGGGUCAGGCGGCGAGGGCCGACCACUCCCCCUGCUUCAGCGACUUCGGCAAGUGACUGGGAUCGUUCAGCCAGGUCGUCCAACGCCUGCCGCCCCGAGUGCGCAGGGCGACCGCUCUUUUCCAGUUCCUUUUCAUGUGUGAGCCACUUUCGUUGCAGCCCGUCGGAGAUGCCUGUCCGCCCAGGAAGGCUGCAAUCUCUGGGGGGUCUGUCCAUCCCCGAUUCGAUUCCGCUGCUCCGUCGAUCCGUGGCCCUCCUGCACAGCCUGGCGCGGCCGCUCCGCUUCGGCUCCGACCCGACUCUCCGUGCCGACGCGGCCCGGCUCCUGACGCACGUUCUGGCUCUAGACCCGAUCUCCCGAUUCGACGACGAUUGUCAGGAGGG